AUGCAGUCGUCUAGGUCCUCAAUGCAGCCUCCCUCAUACCAGAGUACUGUGGACGGCAGGAUCGAGUCCCAAGGUCCGAACUCGAACUCCUCUUGCCAUCAAGUCAGCUCAAACUUCGGACGAGGGGGUAACUUCUCCAACAGAGCUCGUUCAGCCGAACGCGAACCAUUACUGCGACAACGAUCAGCAUCAAGCCCUCGCCGUCGUUCCUGGUCCCCUAAGCCAGCGCUGCUCAGCGAAAGCAAAAUAACACUCAUCUUUGCGGCUCUAGCUCUUUUCAUCAUUGGCCUCCUCCUCGGAUCCACCAUCACAUACUCUGUAUCUACUGACCACCUCGACCCCAUCGUGCGGGACCGCAUCCGCGCUAAAUGGGAGAUUGAAGUUAACCAGCACAGCGACCUACACUAA